AUAGGUAUAUACGUCGACAAGGAAAAAAUAGACACUGUUUGCUUCGUUGAAUAUUAAUAAUAAAAGUCUUAACUAAUCAUGGUUUCAGCAUCACAGAGUGAUUAUGCUUGAUCCAGAACAGCUGUGUAAAUGCUGUAAAGCUGUAUAAGUCGAAAAAUUCAUUCCGAACUGCUCCGAAGGCCGAAAGCUGCAUAAAGCGAAGCCUUCUGUAUAUGGUUUGCAAGAUAUCUAGUUAGAAAUAACUCCUGAAAACAAAAAAUAAUAAAGCAGCUAAAAACAGUUAAAAUGAUGAAGAAGCACAAUGAUAAAUAUUACGCAAGAUAUGGAGAUCCGCGGACAGCCAACUGGCUGCUGAUGGACAACCAAAUGUAUCCCUUUCUAAUAGCAGCGCUGUAUUUGGUCACUACAAAGCUCAUUGUACCCAUGGUGAUGCGGAAGAGGAAUCCAAUUGAACUGCGCUGGCUAAGCGUUGCAUAUAAUAUUGGAAUGUGUCUUCUCAAUGCCUGGGUACUCUAUGAGCUUGGAAAUCUUACAGUUCUCAAUCCAAAAUUCGACUGGUUUUGUCAGCCAAUAGAUUGGUCCAACAGUCCAGAGGCUAUGAGAGUGGCUGAAGUGGGUUGGAUAUUUUUGCUCACAACAAUUCUGGAAUGUAUUACUACGAUUCUGAUUAUUCUGAGAAAAAAAGAAUCCUAUUCUUCAGCUGUCCAUACAUUUGUUCGAACUCAAGCCCUCAUUGUCGCAUGGUAUGGCUUGAAAUUCGCUCCAGGAGGUUACAAUUCACUAUACUGUUUACUAAAUGUGCUUAUAUAUGCAGUUCUCCAUUUUCAUCAUGCUGCGGUAAUUUCAAUGCCUUUUUUUAAACACUGGCACUGGGAAACAGUAACAUUGGCUUUAAUUUAUGUGUUGCAGUUCUCUAUCUAUUUCGUUUACUAUUCGCAGCUGUACUUUUUCCCACCAAGAAACUGCAAACCGUCAUUCUUUGUUUUACGUCUAAAUAUGGGCAUUGCUCUUUUAUUUUUUGUCUUUGGCAAAGAUUUCUUUGUAUCAGUAUUUAAUUUUAUAAGUGGAAAAAAGAAGUCUACAGAAAAACAAAAGAAAUAGUACUAAAAAUUCAGAAGUUUGAUUAUAAAAAACUGAUUUUUAAAUAUGCAGAAUUUCUGAAAUGGUUUACCCUUUUGACAAAUAAAAUUUCACCUUUUCAUUUCUG